AUGCCUCUCGAAGAUGUCCAGGUCGGGGACGUGGUCAAUGUCCCCGGCGGCAUGCAUGGAAUAGUCAAAUUCCUCGGAUCGGUAGCCGGAAAACCAGGUCGUUUCGCGGGAGUCGAGCUGAGUGCAGAACAUGCCCAGCGAGGGAAGAAUAGCGGCGAUGUGGACGGCCGCAAGUACUUUGCGACCUCGACUCCAGGAUCCGGAAUCUUUGUCCCGAUGAACAAUAGCAAAUACGUGACCCGACGGUCAACCUCGAACUAUUCUACGCCGACGACUCCGGCACGCGCACCAGCCAAUUUCAGCAAGUCUGUCGGCCCGGCACUCACUACACCUCGUCCACGCGUCCGACGACCGUCUCUCCCUCGUCCGGAGUCGCCCCGUGUUCCCCCUCCGAAACUGAGCCUGGGCGGCUUGCGUACACCUUCAGCGGCGUCCAAGAUGGGUGGAAUCAAUGGCAUGCGAAGCCCAGUCAAGGCACCAUCCCGACUGUCGGAUAGGCCCGCGUCGCGGAUCAGUACGGAGGACGACGCUUCGUCAUAUGGGCGGCAGUCCGACUUCCGGCAACAGGCCCACUCGUCAGAAAUUCAAGAUUUGAAAGAUCAGAUCAAGAGCCUAGAGAAGCAGCUUUUGGACCGAGAUAAGCAGCUAGAUGAGCAAGCGGGAACUUUGAAUGAUUUCCAAAAGACAUUGGAAGAAUUAGAAGGAUCGGACGGCCAUUCGAUCCGAACACAACUGCGCGAACGCAAUGAACGGAUUGUCCAAUUGACAACCGAAUUUGAUGGCCACCGAGCCGAUUUCAGAAGUACCCUUGAUACAUUGGAGAUUGCCGCCUCCGAGACCGAGCGGGUCUACGAGCAGCGUCUUGAUGAGCUUAUGCAGCAGAAUCAACAUUUCCUAGACCGUGGGGAAGAUGUCGAGAUUGUUGCGCAGCAGCUCAAGCAGCUGGAAGAGCUGGUCUCCGAGUUGGAAGAGGGUCUCGAGGAUGCCCGACGGGGAGAGGCCGAGGCUAGAGCCGAGGUCGAGUUCCUCCGUGGUGAAGUCGAGAGGACCAAGUUAGAGCUAAAGAAGGAGCGUGAUCAUUCGGCCGCGGCGUUGAAAGAUGCACAGUCUACAUCAGACAGUCCACGAAACAGCAGCGAGUUGGACCAGAAGGACGACGAGAUCCGCGGACUCAAGGCUAUCAUUCACUCUCUCAGCCGUGGGAACCCCGAUGCAGCAAGCUUGGGACAGAAUGGCUCGGGAGAUGACCACAACCCAGACCUCUCUGAGUUUGAACAGCGAAUCCAGGAAGUCGAAGAGACCAUUGGCCACAAAGACAAUCGCAUCGAGGAGCUCGAGCGUCAACUUCAAGAAAUGCAUCUUGAAUCUCAAGGUGGUCGUAACCGCAGCUCUACUAUCACACUCUCACCCAAACAACAUAGACCCUCCCACUCCGCAGGCAACAUCUCCAACAACUCAAACGGCCUGAACCAAGCCCACCGUCUCUCUGACCGCACCGUUGUCCCAACUGACUGGCACGAUGCACCCUCCGAGCCACGUCAUCUCCGAGGGGCCUCCAAUUCCUCCCAACAAAGACUCGAGACAAUGCAUGAAUCAGAGCGCGGCUCCGACGAGGACACCAUGUGGUGUGAAAUUUGUGAAACAGGCGGCCACGACAUUCUCAACUGUACCAGCAUGUUCGGUUCCGGACAGAACAACGACCAGGCCAAGAAGCCGGCCGAGGCCGAGGAGCCCACUCCGGACCACCCAGCUGCUGAGAACCCGGAACACAGUCACGAAGCCAGCUCGGAGAGCUUUGUGGACGCUGCCCCCGCGCAAAAGACAGGACGGGAUGUCGUCCUAGAAGGACUGAAGGGUAUCGGCGGACUGGGCAACUCCAUGGAUCCGAUCGCUGGCAAGUCCUCGGGCGUCGUUGACGAGUCGAAGUGGUGUGCCCUGUGUGAGCGAGAUGGCCAUGAGAGUAUUGACUGUCCAUUUGAUGAAUAA